GCCACAGACAAACACAGGCUUGAAGCUCGCAGCACGGAUAGCGCUCUCCGGCCUCCGCCCAAAUCGCCGCCGCCCCGGCUCCGGCCGCCCCCCUGCUCCCGCGCGCGCCAUGACGGCGAAUCAGCCGGCGGGCGAGGCCCUCGCGACCCACAUCUCCGGCAUGUCCCGCCCGGAGAUGUACGACCUCAUGUCCCAGAUGAAGGCCAUGCUCGACCACGACCAGGAGAGGGUGCGCCGAAUGCUCGUCGAGAACCCCGACGUCACCCGCGCGCUCUUCCGGGCCCAAGUGGUUCUCGGAAUGGUCAAAACACCUAAAGCUGCACAAUCUUCCGACACGCACCAGCCAACAGUUGCUCAGACAACUCCUCCUGCAUCAGUUAAAGCUACAGUACAAGAUCAUGUUAACUUGCCCCAGCCUCCCUUGCCUACCAAUCAACAGAAUUUGCAACCUUCUGGCCAAUUUCCUUCGGGCACUUCUAAUGUGACACCAUCUUUGGACCUUCCACCUAUGCCAGCGAAUCCACCACAAUCAGCACAAUCAAAAGGAUACCCUAUCCAUCAGAUGCAUUCUGCAUCAGCACCGCAGUCAUCUCAGUAUCCAAAUGUUACCAUGCCUCCUCAUGCUCCUCCACAGUAUUCAAAUGUUCCAUCUCAUAUGCCAACAGUGAACAGUCAACCACAGCAACCAUUGCAAAAUCCUGGAAUGUUUAACCAGCAAUUACAGCCACCCCUGCCCCAGUUGCCUAGGCCACCUUCCAUGCAGGCAUAUACACAUCAGAUGCAUCAGCAAAUACCCAGUACAUAUGGUCAGCACAUGUUGCAACAACCAAUGUUUCAUCCAGGUGGGAAUCCACAAAAUUCUUUCUUUACAGGUCAACAACAGCAGCAAUUACCCAACCAGCCACCACCAUUGCCGAAUCAGCCACCACCACAGCUAUACCAGGCUAAUUCACAUGUGAGCUCGCACUACAAUUCCCAAAGUAUGCAAGUCGAUAGAUCAGCUCCAUGGGGGCGUGGCAACCAAGAAGCAUCGUCGGCUGGCUCCCAUUUCCCUGGCCAAUUUCAAGGUCUACCUGGACAGAUGACCCAAGGGAUUGGCGGAAUGCAGACAGGCCGCCCAGAAGCACCUUUGACAGCCGACAUGGAAAAGAUGCUAGUACAGCAAGUCAUGAGCAUGUCGCCGGAGCAGAUCAACGCGCUGCCCCCGGAGCAACGUCAGCAGGUGCUUCAGCUGCGAGACAUGCUGCGUCAAUGAUGUACACGACGAGCAGCUGCCCGAGUAGAAGGAUGACAGUUCGAUAGAGCCGCGCAGAUCGGAUCAAGUGCUCCGUGAUCGACUUACGUUGUCAAAGUGACAUCUUCAUUGUUCAAGCGGAUUGACAUCCCUGCUAGCCUGCCGCGUGCCUGGGAAUGUGGUUGUAGAAUGAACGCUUAGCCCAUUUCGUUAUUUAUAGGCAGCUCUUUGGAUAUACAUUCGGAUUGACAAGUGAAGCGGCAUGAUGUGGUACUCCGCUGCUGCUGCCGCCAAGUUUUCUGCCGUGUUGUGAUUGAAUUCUGGUCCUUGUCUGAUGACUGGUCUAGCUCUUGAGAUGACUGAUUGAUAUAAUAUGAGAGUGGUGGUAAACGUUCUUGUUUGUA